GCAAAUAUGACGUGUCCUGACACUAGGAGGACAAGUUACCAAAAUUAUUGAAAAAGGAAAACGAGAAGAGGAAAGCGUAAACUCGCCGGCGAUUGCCCUGACAUCUUCAUAUUAUUAUUAUUAUUAUUAUUAUUAUUAUUAUUAUUAUAUAAAUCUCACUCUUCUCUUCCACCUUCCAAGUUCUGAUAAUACUCGGAGUUGAUUUUCCGUCGAACGCAACUUUGAACUCCGACGGACAUUCUAGAGUUUCUUAAUCCCAGAGCUGGUGGCGGCGGAGGCGGAGGUGAUUGGAUGGGAUAUGGCGGAGCCACCAUUGUUGCCGUUGAAGGAGAACAAGAUAGCCAAAGGAACUUUUGCAGUGGUUGGAAUCAUGUCUACUCUCGUCAUUUAUGGCAUCUUACAGCUUCAUCAGUGAAUUGCCUGCUUAACCAUCCGCCUAUAUAGUAUAUAUAUAUGUUCAGCAGUACUUGACGCUUCUGUCCAUUGUGUACUGGAAAAAAUCAUGAGAGUUCCCUACGGCCUGAACAAAGAAUUUUUUUCGUACUCAUUGUUUCUUGUCUUUUGCAAUCGGAUUACCACCUCUGCGGUCUCUGCCGGAGUUUUACUGGCAAGUAAGAAGGCCUUGGACCCAGUAGCUCCACUCUAUAAAUAUGGUGUUGUUUCUGUUUCUAACAUCCUUACAACUACUUGUCAGUAUGAGGCUCUCAAGUAUGUUAGUUUUCCUGUUCAAACCCUGGCAAAAUGUGCCAAGAUGAUACCUGUAAUGAUCUGGGGUGCUAUCAUUAUGCAAAAGAAGUACCAAGGACAGGACUAUCUUUUGGCAUUCCUAGUAACUCUGGGUUGUUCAUUAUUUAUUCUGUAUCAGGGUGCAGGUGACAUCAGUCCCUUCAAUAGAGGAAGGGAAAGCACGGUCUGGGGAGUUUCUCUGAUGAUAGGCUAUCUUGGGUUUGAUGGCUUCACGAGUACUUUCCAGGACAAACUUUUUAAAGGCUAUGAUAUGGAAAUACACAAUCAAAUAUUCUAUACAACGGUCUGUUCAUGUCUUCUUAGUUUCAUUGGUCUAAUUUUGCAAGGCAGUCUUCUCAUGGCAAUAGAUUUUGUAUCCCGCCAUCAUGAUUGUUUCUUUGAUAUUGCUCUGCUUUCAACUGUAGCAACUGCAAGUCAAUUUUUUAUAUCUUACACAAUCCGCACAUUUGGUGCUCUAACAUUUGCAACCAUAAUGACCACAAGACAGUUGGUGAGCAUUUUAUUGUCAUGCUUGUGGUUUGGCCAUCCUUUGAGCUGGGAGCAAUGCAUCGGAGCUGUUAUCGUGUUUGGAUCCCUUUAUGCAAGAAGCUUCUUGAAGACAAAAGAGAAGGCGGUGGCGCCAUCAUUGGAGAUGGCUGAAACUAAAGCCCCAGGUGGUUCAUAAAUAAUAACUUUCAACCUUGAAUUGAAAAAUCUCUCUCUCUGCUCUGCUCAGAUAUAGAUGUGUAAGUAACUAAACAAGGCGUGCUAUUUUUGGAUUUCCAUACGGAAGGCUACUAGCAAGAUUUUGAUUAGCCUUCCUCAAAUCUUUGCUACUUCCAAUAGAAGUUGUAUGAUGAACAAUUAAUUUCCAUGUUUUUUUUGGCCUACUUCCAAAAGGAUGUAAUAUAACCAAUGCAGAUUUCAGAACUAUACAAGUUGACAAGGUUUGUUCUUACUACUCA